CUGUUUUAUUGAUAUAUUUGGAUUGGGUGUAUUUAUUUUCUACAAUACACAGUUUUUGAAAAUAAAAAUGUUGGACUCCCCGAAAAAAGGUAUAAUAUUACACCCCUACCUCCCCAUAACGGCCACUUCUCUACGACGGCCACUUCCUCUGUCCUCAAGAUGGCCGUUGUGGAGAGGAUCGACUCAAGUCCCCCGCGAGUGGAAGUCCGUCCGGACAGGAGCGGUGACUAAGCCAAAAACAAGAUGGCGUCCUACGAGUGGGUUGCUCGUUCUAGGAACUAUGGAAAGGAAACUAAUCAGCUUGCUGGUGAGACUGUUCAUGAUCACCCACUGAAAAUGGGUUCUGUUAUUAAUAUAGACAACACCUGGAAAAAGUCAAGUACCCCAUCUGAUAAUUCGUCAAAUGGUUUAUCAGUAACAGAUCCCCUGAGCAUGAUUCAAGCUAAACCAGACACUUUUGAUGGGCUCGAUCCACUCUCCAUAUUUGCUGCUCAGGAAGCCAAUACAAAGCAGGCUGUACCUGUUUCUGCUCCAGUGUCCAAGAAACAGCGGGCAUCUUCUCUGUCUAAGGAACAGUCUGGCAAAAGUGAAAAAGAGGACGACUUUUUUGAACCUUGGUCCAACAAGAGAACUGGAAUCCUUGCUAAAUACACAACAUCUGAGAAACUGUCUAUUACUACAAGUUUCUUGUCAUCAUCUGAUAAAGACAAAAUUGUAAUCAAGCAGCAGACGACAGUCACAGAUAAAGUAAAACACAGGCUGGAAGACCUAAAUGACUUUGAAGAGGGUUCAGUCAAAGAAAUGCUGAAUCUUAGUCAGCAAGAUUAUGUCAAGAGAAUUGAGGAAUUGAAUCAGGCUUUGAUCACAGCUUGGGAAUCUGACCAGAGAGUGAAGGCUCUUAAGAUUGCCAUACAGUGUUCAAAACUUCUUGCUGAUGUAUCUGUGAUUCAGUUUUACCCAAGCAAGUUCGUUCUCGUCACAGAUAUACUGGACACUUUUGGAAAACUGGUUUAUGAAAGAAUAUUCCGCAAAUCUAGCAUCUUUACGCCAGGCAGUAACUUACCCACCAUGCUCCCAGAAAAAUUCACUCCUGACCAGGUGCCAGACUCUGCUAAAGAAACAUGUAGAAACUGGUUUUACAAGAUCGCAUCAGUGCGGGAGCUUAUUCCUCGAUUGUAUCCUUGAAACUUGUCAUGUUCUACUUUGUGUGAGAUUCAGGAAAAAAGAGUUUCAUCCUGACCUAUUUUCUUCUGCAAGGCACUUCUUUGACAAGACAUGUACUUUCUUGACCAACUUUAGUUAAUAAUUUAUGCACUAUAGGGGAAG